AUGUCGGAACGGGGAGUGUUGACGGAUGGCCUCCCUGUCUCUGCUACAGCAUCCAACUGCCCAGAACACAGCCACUACGAGGUGUGUGCCCAAGGCUGCCAGCCCACCUGCGGGAACCUCACGGUGACCGGAGCCUGUGGCUCUGCGUGCUACGAGAGCUGUGUGUGCGACGACGGCUUUGUGCUCAGCGGCAACUCGUGCGUGGCCCCAGAAUCCUGCGGCUGUGUUCACAAUGGCACCUACCACCCGCCAGGCCAGACCUUCUACCCUGGUCCCGAGUGUGACUCCCUUUGCACCUGCCAGGCGGGAGGCCAGCUGUCCUGCGAGCCCUCCUCCUGUGGCCCACAGGAGACCUGCCAGGUGUCUGAUGGUGUCUUGGGCUGCGUGCCCGUGAGUUCUGCCACCUGCCAGGCCUCUGGAGACCCACACUACGUGACCUUCGACGGCCGCCGCUACGACUUCAUGGGCGCCUGCGUGUACCUGCUGGCGGGCACGUGCGGCUCGAACAACAUGACGCUGCCCGAGUUCCGGGUGCUGGUGGAGAAUGAGCAUCGGGGCAGCCAGGCCGUGAGCUACACGGGCGCCGUGCGGGUGGAGGUGUACGGCGUGGAGUUGGUCAUGAGCCGGAAGAAGCCAGGACAAGUGAUGGUGGAUGGCGUGCUUCAGUACCCUCCGUUUGAGGCCGCUGGAGGGCGCGUGCAGGUGAACCGCCUCGGUAACAACGCCGUGGUCCACACAGACUUUGGCCUGACUGUCACCUUCAACUGGGAUGCUCUAGUGACUGUCAAGGUGCCCAGCAGCUACACAGAUGCCAUGUGUGGUCUCUGCGGGAACUUCAACGAGGACCCCAACGAUGACUUGACUCUGCGGAAUGGCAGCCAAACGACUGAUGCCACAGACUUCGGGAACAGCUGGCAGGAGGAGGAGACGGGCCCGGGCUGUGAAGCGACUGGACCCACGAAGGAAUGUCCCAACCUGGACGAGAUGCUGAACGACCAGGUGCAGAAGAAGGAGAAGUGUGGAAUCCUGGCCGACCCCGAAGGUCCCUUCCGGGAGUGUCACCAACACGUGGAUCCCCAGGGCGCUGUGCGCGACUGUGUCUAUGACCUCUGCCUGGUACCAGAACAACCUGAUGUGGCGUGUGACACAUUGGUGGCAUACGCUGCCGCGUGCCAGGCUGCCGGAGCCACCGUGUACCCCUGGAGGAACGAAACGUUUUGCCCAUCCAACUGCCCAGAACACAGCCACUACGAGGUGUGUGCCCAAGGCUGCCAGCCCACCUGCGGGAACCUCACGGUGACCGGAGCCUGUGGCUCUGCGUGCUACGAGAGCUGUGUGUGCGACGACGGCUUUGUGCUCAGCGGCAACUCGUGCGUGGCCCCAGAAUCCUGCGGCUGUGUUCACAAUGGCACCUACCACCCGCCAGGCCAGACCUUCUACCCUGGUCCCGAGUGUGACUCCCUUUGCACCUGCCAGGCGGGAGGCCAGCUGUCCUGCGAGCCCUCCUCCUGUGGCCCACAGGAGACCUGCCAGGUGUCUGAUGGUGUCUUGGGCUGCGUGCCCGUGAGUUCUGCCACCUGCCAGGCCUCUGGAGACCCACACUACGUGACCUUCGACGGCCGCCGCUACGACUUCAUGGGCGCCUGCGUGUACCUGCUGGCGGGCACGUGCGGCUCGAACAACAUGACGCUGCCCGAGUUCCGGGUGCUGGUGGAGAAUGAGCAUCGGGGCAGCCAGGCCGUGAGCUACACGGGCGCCGUGCGGGUGGAGGUGUACGGCGUGGAGUUGGUCAUGAGCCGGAAGAAGCCAGGACAAGUGAUGGUGGAUGGCGUGCUUCAGUACCCUCCGUUUGAGGCCGCUGGAGGGCGCGUGCAGGUGAACCGCCUCGGUAACAACGCCGUGGUCCACACAGACUUUGGCCUGACUGUCACCUUCAACUGGGAUGCUCUAGUGACUGUCAAGGUGCCCAGCAGCUACACAGAUGCCAUGUGUGGUCUCUGCGGGAACUUCAACGAGGACCCCAACGAUGACUUGACUCUGCGGAAUGGCAGCCAAACGACUGAUGCCACAGACUUCGGGAACAGCUGGCAGGAGGAGGAGACGGGCCCGGGCUGUGAAGCGACUGGACCCACGAAGGAAUGUCCCAACCUGGACGAGAUGCUGAACGACCAGGUGCAGAAGAAGGAGAAGUGUGGAAUCCUGGCCGACCCCGAAGGUCCCUUCCGGGAGUGUCACCAACACGUGGAUCCCCAGGGCGCUGUGCGCGACUGUGUCUAUGACCUCUGCCUGGUACCAGAACAACCUGAUGUGGCGUGUGACACAUUGGUGGCAUACGCUGCCGCGUGCCAGGCUGCCGGAGCCACCGUGUACCCCUGGAGGAACGAAACGUUUUGCCCAUCCAACUGCCCAGAACACAGCCACUACGAGGUGUGUGCCCAAGGCUGCCAGCCCACCUGCGGGAACCUCACGGUGACCGGAGCCUGUGGCUCUGCGUGCUACGAGAGCUGUGUGUGCGACGACGGCUUUGUGCUCAGCGGCAACUCGUGCGUGGCCCCAGAAUCCUGCGGCUGUGUUCACAAUGGCACCUACCACCCGCCAGGCCAGACCUUCUACCCUGGUCCCGAGUGUGACUCCCUUUGCACCUGCCAGGCGGGAGGCCAGCUGUCCUGCGAGCCCUCCUCCUGUGGCCCACAGGAGACCUGCCAGGUGUCUGAUGGUGUCUUGGGCUGCGUGCCCGUGAGUUCUGCCACCUGCCAGGCCUCUGGAGACCCACACUACGUGACCUUCGACGGCCGCCGCUACGACUUCAUGGGCGCCUGCGUGUACCUGCUGGCGGGCACGUGCGGCUCGAACAACAUGACGCUGCCCGAGUUCCGGGUGCUGGUGGAGAAUGAGCAUCGGGGCAGCCAGGCCGUGAGCUACACGGGCGCCGUGCGGGUGGAGGUGUACGGCGUGGAGUUGGUCAUGAGCCGGAAGAAGCCAGGACAAGUGAUGGUGGAUGGCGUGCUUCAGUACCCUCCGUUUGAGGCCGCUGGAGGGCGCGUGCAGGUGAACCGCCUCGGUAACAACGCCGUGGUCCACACAGACUUUGGCCUGACUGUCACCUUCAACUGGGAUGCUCUAGUGACUGUCAAGGUGCCCAGCAGCUACACAGAUGCCAUGUGUGGUCUCUGCGGGAACUUCAACGAGGACCCCAACGAUGACUUGACUCUGCGGAAUGGCAGCCAAACGACUGAUGCCACAGACUUCGGGAACAGCUGGCAGGAGGAGGAGACGGGCCCGGGCUGUGAAGCGACUGGACCCACGAAGGAAUGUCCCAACCUGGACGAGAUGCUGAACGACCAGGUGCAGAAGAAGGAGAAGUGUGGAAUCCUGGCCGACCCCGAAGGUCCCUUCCGGGAGUGUCACCAACACGUGGAUCCCCAGGGCGCUGUGCGCGACUGUGUCUAUGACCUCUGCCUGGUACCAGAACAACCUGAUGUGGCGUGUGACACAUUGGUGGCAUACGCUGCCGCGUGCCAGGCUGCCGGAGCCACCGUGUACCCCUGGAGGAACGAAACGUUUUGCCCAUCCAACUGCCCAGAACACAGCCACUACGAGGUGUGUGCCCAAGGCUGCCAGCCCACCUGCGGGAACCUCACGGUGACCGGAGCCUGUGGCUCUGCGUGCUACGAGAGCUGUGUGUGCGACGACGGCUUUGUGCUCAGCGGCAACUCGUGCGUGGCCCCAGAAUCCUGCGGCUGUGUUCACAAUGGCACCUACCACCCGCCAGGCCAGACCUUCUACCCUGGUCCCGAGUGUGACUCCCUUUGCACCUGCCAGGCGGGAGGCCAGCUGUCCUGCGAGCCCUCCUCCUGUGGCCCACAGGAGACCUGCCAGGUGUCUGAUGGUGUCUUGGGCUGCGUGCCCGUGAGUUCUGCCACCUGCCAGGCCUCUGGAGACCCACACUACGUGACCUUCGACGGCCGCCGCUACGACUUCAUGGGCGCCUGCGUGUACCUGCUGGCGGGCACGUGCGGCUCGAACAACAUGACGCUGCCCGAGUUCCGGGUGCUGGUGGAGAAUGAGCAUCGGGGCAGCCAGGCCGUGAGCUACACGGGCGCCGUGCGGGUGGAGGUGUACGGCGUGGAGUUGGUCAUGAGCCGGAAGAAGCCAGGACAAGUGAUGGUGAGCUAA